GCGAUUGCAACUAUGCAAAACACGGAGAGACAGGACGGUCACUGGGUACCUGCGCCGGCGGAUCUCGUUGUGUUCGAGUCUUCCGACCACAAGACAUCGGCCCAAGGAUCCCUCUUCAGCUCGAUCAUCAACAUUGGUGCUUUGGUUGGUGCUCUCUGCGGCG